AUAAAAAACAGUGCUUUAUUAACCCACUCACUCUCGCCCACACAUUUGCUCGUUAUACUAUUCUCUUUGCUUCCAUUUAUUCAGGCGAAUUCAUUUCUUUGCCUCUGUCCUCAUGCGUCGAACGGUAUCGCCUGCGCAGCUCCCUAGUCAAGUUUAUACCAGCUCUACCUUAGCCCACCAACAUUCAUUUCAUGCAAUGCCCUCAAACCAUGGCUCCUCGCCCUCCACCAGUCAUUUGCUGCAGAAUGCAACCCCUAGCUAUGGUCCAUAUAACUUUCAAGCCCACAGUAGCUCAACUCUCGAUACAUCAAUCGUUCCUCGACCAACACAGGGCGAUCGCAUGACCUGCAUCGUUAAUGCGUCUAUUACUUGCAUCAGUGCUUCUGUGACCGUUUCACGCCAGGAUAACUUUUACGCCAGCACUGGCCAGGAGGGCAAUGAUAGAUCGAACACAGUAAGUAACCCGACCAUCAAAGGACAGACUGGCAGUAACCAGGGUCAUUAUCGUAGCCAGAGUCGUCAAGACGAACAAGACCGUUUACGACUUUACGUUUUUGGAGGAUUUCACCAAUACACAGAUGCGGUCAAUAAUGAUCUCUAUCGUCUAGACAUCGAUACGAUGUCAUGGGAGAAAUUAAUCUAUACCAAAGGUGAACCUCCUUCGAAACGAAACGACCACUCUGCUAUUCUUUGGGGUGAUGAUCGCAUCGUGAUCUUUGGAGGCAGCGACGAGCGCAACCAGUUCUGUAAUGAUGUUCAUGUCCUUCACGUAAGGACACUCACAUGGGAAACACCUGUUACGAGUGGCUCCAUCCCUGUUGGGAGGGCAAAGCAUGCGGCAACCAUCAUGGACAACAAACUCUAUAUUUCCGGUGGUUGCCUAGAAGAGGGAGUGUCACAGGAGCUACUUUGUCUGAAUCUUUUGACAUGGGAAUGGGAGGAACCCAUUGAUUUUGUCCCGAGGCACACGCAUACUCUGUUUGUUUAUCGACAGAAGCUGUUUGCAUAUGGUGGAUACAAUGAAGAGAUGGAUCGUACAGGAGUGAUUGCUUAUAUGGAUCUGGAAACAAAUCAAGUCACAAAGAUUAAUGUAUCAAAUGAAAUUGCGCCCAAUGUUGCUGCUCAGCAAUAUUCACAGGUGUGCGGCAAUUACCUCGUUGUCGUCAUAUCUCAAGGUGUGCGCUACGAGCUUCAGAAAUUCACAGGGGGGAUUUGGACAUUGAACCUAGAUUGUUUUCAAUGGACAAAGCAUGAUGACUGGAAGGUUUUGGGCGAAAAUCACACAUGGCAUUACUUUUCGAUGGCAAGGGAUGGGGAACAGUUCUAUCUCAUUGGCGACGUCAAUGACUCUGAUGAAUAUUUCAAGCAAGUGCUUACAAUUGACUUAAGAGAAUAUGGAUCCUUUCUGGAGCCGCCUGUGACGAUAGGAAAUGAACUUGGACGGCUAUUGCACGAUCAAAUGUCGCUGGCCGACUUUCGAAUCAUCUGCACAGGCACAGAUGCCCAAUCAAAUGCAGCGAUACACAGUGUCGGCUCCUUUAACGGAUACUAUGCCCCUUCAGACAGCAGCGGCGAUCAUGACAUGAUGAUUGAUAGCCAUCCUAUGAUUUCGCACCAAAGAACCCGGUCACAGCGUCAGACACCAUCUUCCAGUCGUGCAACAAGUCCAAUGCAGGAGCCCAUCAUGUGUCAUAAGCUGAUCUUGAUGGCUAGGUGGCCUCAUUUUGCCAGCAUGGUUCAGUCGGGUAUGCUGGAGGCUCAAACAAGCACAUUGACCCUUCCAGAACCAUAUGAAACUGUCAAGGCAUUUGUUGACUAUCUAUAUACAGAUUCGAUUGAAGGCGUGCCAACGGACACGAUCGCCGACCUUCUAGUGAUGGGAAGCAUGUAUGUAAUGAAGCGUCUCGUCCAGCUCUGUAGCUCGGCUCUUCAUCAGCAGAUUGACAUCGGGACAGUAUCAAGGAUUUAUCAUCGAGCGGGGCUGAGUGGUCAGAUCGGCCUACGACAGCGAGCGCUUAAAUUCAUGUUCAGGAACUAUGGCCCUGUCAGCAAGACGAUCGGAUUCCGAUCUCUACCCAAAGAAGCACUUUUUGAUUUCUGGGACUCGACUCCCGAAGGUGCUGUCAUUAACAUUGCAGUGUAAUCUGCAUAGUUUGCAUAAUUUGAUAUUCUUACC